AUGGGCAAGAGAAAGUCGCAAAGAGACCCCGAGGACCUCCCCGACGCCGCCGAAGCAAAGGGCAAGCAGAAAGAUGACGACGACUCCGGCAGCGACGAGGACAUGGACACGGUGAACGUCGACUUUGAAUGGUUCGACCCGCAGCCCGCCGUCGACUUCCACGGGCUCAAGACGCUGCUGCGCCAGCUGCUCGACGUCGACGCGCAACUCUUCGACCUGUCCGAGCUCGCCGACCUGAUCCUCUCACAGCCGCUGCUGGGCAGCACCGUAAAAGUCGACGGCAACGAGACAGACCCCUACGCCUUCCUCACAGUCCUGAACCUCGAAACACACAAAGACAAGAAGGUCAUACAGGACCUCACAUCCUACCUCUCGCGCCACAGCCCGCAGAUCCCCUCCCUCGCGCCCCUGCUCGCCCCCUCGUCCCCCGCGCAAAUAGGCCUCAUCCUAACCGAGCGCUUCAUAAACAUGCCGCACGAGAUAAUCCCGCCAAUGUACACGAUGCUGCUCGAGGAGAUCCAGUGGGCGCUGGCAGAAAAAGAGCCCUACGCAUUCACACACUACCUGGUCCUGUCAAAGUGCUACACCGAGAUAGCCUCGUCGCUGCCGUCGGCUGAGCAGCCGCCGAGCAAGAAGAAGAAACAGCAAAAAGGAGGAGAAGAGGUGUUUUACUUCCACCCCGAGGAUGAGACGCUGCAGCGGUUUGCGCUGGGCACGGGCAGCUUCGAGUAUGAAACGCCCGUGGACGAGGGCGCGAGUGACAGUCGGCGCGCGUUCCAGGAGAUGGGCGUCAAGGCCAAGGGGCAUUUGGUGCUGGUUGAGGCGGGGCGGUUUGCGGAGGCGGUGGAGGGGGUCAAGACGUUUUUGGGUGGGGCGUGA